AGCCGCACAAAGCAAGCCAGACAAAAGGAAGAGGGCGCAUGAUCAACCGUCUUUUUUGGCCUUGCUUGCCUUCCUUAGCUUUUUGCUGACCGCAAUUACGGUAUUUUUUACGGUACUUGGACCUUGGAGAGCUCGAGAGCUAUUCUAUAUUCGAAGAUUGAAGAUUUGGUGAAUUAAAAGGUUAUUCAACCUUUGCUGAGUUUUGUGUCUUUGGAUUCAGAAGGCUAUCGGGAUGAACUACCUGAACUAUGAUGGCCCAAAUCAGCAGUCUCAGCAGCCUCAUAGCACAGCUUCUGUUUCUCACCACUCACAACAUAUGAGCCACUCGUUCCCGCAGCACUUGCAACUCAGGGAUCAACAAGGUUCUUUCCUGCAACCCCACCACUUGCAAGCAACAACCGCACCUUCUGGCAGUGGCAGUUCUCACCUACAGCAACUGCAGCAGCCUCAAGGAGGGCAGCCAUUACCCUUGCUGAACCAUGGGAGUCUGCCUAGUUUUGCGCAUGUCCUUGGAGGAGAAGGUGGAACCGAAGGGGGUCUGUUGCAGCAGGGUGUUCCAUCGAUGUCACAUCGAGUUCAUGUGGUUAGAGGCCCUCCGCAGGGCGUGGACAACCUAUUCUCGGCAGUGAUACAAGAAGAUAUCGACGCUUCUUCCCGUCGGCCUGAACCUCCUGCUCCACAACCUCAAGAACAACUCUUGUCAACCUCGACCACAAUGUCCACUCAGGCCGCUGCUACCGCAACUCGGUCAACCACACUCAGCCGACCCCCUUUGGCUGAGAAGUCGGCUACGACGGUGAACGUCGGAGGAAACAAUCAGAGGUCUACUAGUCACAAGGUUGACAAGACUGGAAAGAAGCAGCAUGCAAACCUUCCUCAGGGGUUCAGAUACCAGUUCAAAGACAAGGACGGAAGCGCCAUCAAAGGAGUUGUGGUUGACCGAUUCAUCCAGAGAUCUCAGUGGUUUGGUCCUUUUAACGGGUCACUGCUAGACGAGGAGGACGGUCAAGACAUAGGCUCAACUUGGGAGCUAUGUUUUCAAGGAAACGUGUUGUUCUACCUUGAUGGCAGUAACAUCACCCAUAACAAUUGGUUAUACCACAUCAGUCCAGCAAGGACCACAGCUGAGCAGAACCUCGAGGCCUUCCAGCAUUACGGAGAUAUCUACUACAGAGCGAUAGACAACAUCCAACCCGGUACAGAACUCAAGGUCUUCUAUUCGGAUGAAUACAGGGAGAAGAUAGGAUGCAAAAUAAAACUGGACGAUCUGGGGUUCAAUAAAGAGGCUGACUGUUUCAAGUGUCACAUGUGUGAGGAAAGGUACCAUGGAUCCAAGGUCAUGCUCCGCCACAUCAAGUUCAGUCACAUGAAGGACAACCAGACACCGAAUGUGAAUAGCAAUCUCAAGGACAGGAUGACCAAGAAGGCCAGAUUGAUGGAGUCACUGAAACACCCUUUACCCGAACAAAGGCACCAGGAAUCUCAAGAAACUGGUCGUAAGGUUCCAUCCGGCGAUCAGGAGGGAGACUUUGUCUGUGCCACCUGUGGCAAACGGUUUCAAACAGAAGGUCGUCUGCAGGUCCACGAGCGCUUCCACGAAAGCACCUGUGAGUUUGAGUGUGACGUGUGCCACGAUGUCUUCAAGACGUCGCUUACGCUGCUGAGACACAAGAAGAUCCACGAUGAAGUCCGGAUUAAGUGUACGCUGUGUUCCAAGGAGUACAGCAGUCGUGGUCAUCUUUCCCGCCACAUGCAUGUUACACAUGGGUUUGAACGGAGGAAAGGAAACCUUGUGUGCAUGGGCUGUCAAAAUUAUUUUGACUUUGAAGAUAAUAUGUUACAACAUCUUCAGCAAUGUAAGAAGCUUCAGGCAAUGAGAGAGAAAAUUCGAGCAAUGGCAGGAGAAGAUGAUGUAAGUGAUGGCUCUGACAGAGCUGAUGAUGGUUCAUUUCUGAAGGAGACAAUCAGUUCGGAAUCGGAGAAGGUCAUCGGGAACUUGGCUAAAUCAUCAGAAAGUGAUCAGAAAUCUGGCUACAUUGUACCAGAGAUCAGGUGUUCCUUAUGUGGCAAGAACUACACUUCACGUUCUCGCCUUCACCGACAUCUGGAUGACGUACAUGGCUUUGCGUUCGGGUCAGGGAAACUCUUGUGCAUGGGUUGUUCGAAGGAGCUAAAUCCGAAAGGCAAAAUAGCUCGGCAUGUGACAAACUGUGAAGGACUUGCUGAGUUUUUGAAGAAAAGAAAGAAGGAGAGGAAGAAACACAGACCAAAUGUUGUAAUCACUGAUGAAGAGGAUGAUGAAAGUGAUAGUGAUGAUAGUGAACAACAAACAAAAGAAGGAGAGGGUGAUGAAGGGACAAAGAUUGAUAUGCUUGGAGUUCGCUUAAAUCAAUACUCUAAAAAACCCUUUAAGUGUACCCAUUGUAGCCAGAGAUAUGCCAGCAAAGAUAGAUUAGAACGCCAUAAGCGCAACAAACAUCCAAACGUCUCUGUGUUCCCAUGUGACCACUGCGACAAGGUCUUCCCUUAUAAGAACCGGCUAGCGAAACACCUUCACUCGCACAACAAGGAGAAACGCUACAAGUGCCACCAGUGUCCUCGCAGCUUCGCAUCGCAGAGCGCCGCCACGAACCAUCAAGAGGAACACACGGACGCAAGGCCGCAUAGAUGCGAACCCUGCAUGAGGGCUUUCCGGACUCGAAAAUCCCUGCUCAGCCACAACAGAAGGUUACACGCUGACCGCAAGAUGCGCUUUUCUUGCUCGUUCUGUGAUAAGAAGUUUCCAGAGAGGACCGACCUGCGCAUACACGAGCGCCGCCACAAGGGUAUAAGACCGCACGUUUGUUUGGUUUGCGGGAAGGGGUUCUCAUCUAAAUACUCCAUGACAGUACAUGUCAGGAUCCACACUGGUGAAAAGCCUUUCAAAUGUGAAUUCUGCGACAAAGCUUAUGCCUUGAAUCACCAUCUAGAGCAGCAUCUUAGAUCCCACUCAAAUGUUGGUCAGUUGCAGAUAACUGGAUCCACUCAGCCUUGAAAGUUUCGCAUGUUCAUUCGGUGUGCAGUAAACUUCGUCUACAAUUACCUUCCACAAGCGAAAUGAUUGCCAAAGUCAAAGCAUUGUUAGUAGAUUUCUGUAGUUCCAAGUAACGUUAGAUUUAGCUGUUUUCAAUUGUUUCCUGCCAACUUAUUUAGUUCCAUAAGAUCAACUUCCUCUCUAAAAAAAUUCAAGCUUUCAUAAACUUUUAAUACUAUGUUAUUAGACAAUUAAACAUUCCAUCAUGAACAGGAUUAUGAUUAGCCAUUUAAGUGAUUUCAUUAAAAUAUUUCUUUUAAUGAUUUUUGUUUGUGUCAAUCAGAUUUUGCACCAUUUUUAUUUGCAAGUUUUUGUCUCACCUGUAUAGCAGAGUGAGACUAUAGGCGCCGCUUUUCCGACGGCGGCGUCGGCGUCAACACCAAAUCUUAACCUGAGGUUAAGUUUUUUAAAUGACAGCAUAACUUAGAAAGUAUAUGGACCUAGUUCAUGAAACUUGGCCAUAAGGUUAAUCAAGUAUUACUGAACAUCCUGCCUGAGUUUCAUGUCACAUGACCAAGGUCAAAGGUCAUUUAGGGUCAAACUUAGACCAUGUUGGGGGAAUCAACAUCAAAAUCUUAACCUAAGGUUAAGCUUUUGAAAUGUCAUCAUAACUUAGAAAAUAUAUGGACCUAGUUCAUGAAACUUAUACAUAAGGUUAAUCAAGUAUCACUGAACAUCCUGCAUGAGUUUCACGUCACAUGAACUUUGGCCGAAUUGGGGGUAUCUGUUGAAUUACCAUCAUAACUUUGAAAGUUUAUGGAUCUGAUUCAUGAAACUUGGACAUAAUAGUAAUCAAGUAUUACUGAACAUCCUGUGCAAGUUUCAGGUCACAUGAUCAAGGUCAAAGGUCAAUGAACUUUAGCCAUAAUGGGGGUAUCUGUUGAAUUACCAUCAUAACUUUGAAAGUUGAUGGAGCUGACUCUUGAAACUUGGACAUAAGACUAAUCAAGUAUCACUGAACAUCCUGUGCGAGUUUCAGGUCACAUGAUCAAGGUCAAAGGUCAAAGAACUUUGGCAAGUUGGGGGUAUUUGUUGAAUUGCCAACAUAUCUCUAUAAGUGUAUUGGUCUAGUUCAUAACACGUGGAAAUAAGAGUAACCAAGUAUCACUGAACAUCUUGUGCGAGUUAUAGUAGUUUUCAAAAUCAGCACUGCUGCUAUAUUGAAUCGCGUGAUGCAGGUGAGACGGCCAGAGGCAUUCCACUUGUUUAAUGAAAUGCCCUGUGCUUUCUCUUCAGAAAUAUUUAUAUAUUUUUUUAUGAACUAGCAGCCCAGGUUAUAAAUAGCAAAAAAAAAAAGAAUAGAAAAUAGAAGUUUUGGCAUGGUUGUAAUUGGUAAUCGUGCAUUUGCAAUUGUUUACCUCAUCCAUAAAGGGUUUGUGAGAUCUUGAAUAAACAGUGUCCCAUUUAGACAUAUUUGUGUAAUGUUAUGUAUUAACAUCUACAUGUAUAAAGUAUUAAUAGAAAGCUGAGAACAAUUUGAAAAAGAGUUUCAAGAUAUGUUUCAUUCCAAGGUUUGGUGUAAUAGGCUAGAAGCAGCCAAAUGUAGUGAGAAGUUUUCUUCACUUAUACAUUGAAAAUCUUGUUGCUAUGUCAAAUUGUGUAUGUUUAUGUAUGUAAUGAUGUUGGCAAGCUGUUUUAGCAGUUGUGGAGCUCCAACUGCAAAGUGGCUUAAUUUGUAGUUUAUGAUUUAUACAUUUGAAUAUGCUCCUUCUUAUCGUUGUAUAAUAAUGCCUAAAUGGACAUCAUACUCAAAUAUGGCGGAACUAUUUUUUAAAUAUGAUUUUUUUUUCUUCGUAAUACAUAUAGUGAUGUAAAUGUAAU